CCCUCGCGUCUUCUUUCCUCUCAACCGUCGCGACGACGCGUGCGGCCGGCAGGUUCCUAGUGCCGGUAGCCGUAGUCCUCGCCCGCGCGUAGAUAGCCCGCGGGAGAGUCGAGAUCCUCAGGUUUCCAUCUCCCUCCAUUCCCAGGCAAGAAGUCAGCGACUCCUCUCAUACUGGCCGAGUCUACGUACCGUCGGCGCGUUCGGCCGGUGGCAAUGGCGUCGUCACCACCGUACCGGUUCCCCGCACUCUGCGAGGAGGAGCCCGCGCGACGCUCCGCCAGGCAGUCAUGCGGGACAUGCGGCGCGUCGGCCGUGGCCAACUGCGUGGCACUGUGCUGCUGCCCGUGCGCCGUGGUGAGCUGCUUCACGCUGGCGCUCGUCAAGGCGCCCUACGUGGCCGGCCGGCGAUGGGUCAGGCGCGCCAAGACGCGGCGUAUCAGCAGGGGCGUGCUGCGGAAGACGAGGCGCGUCCGGGACCUGGACGACCAGCUGUACCAGGUGGAGGGGCUGGGCGGCAGUGGCGGCGCCGCGCGGGCGAGCAAGGAGGGGGACUGGGGCGGGAUGGGCCGGACUGCCGCCUCGGGUUGGUGGGAGAACACCAAUGAUGUAAAUUUGCUCGGGGAUGGCAGGAUGAGGGUGAGCGUGACGGAGAAGGCGUGGAUGGAGAUGUACGACGUCGGCCACUGGGGCUUCGGCCGGCUGUCCUUCUCGCGGGCCAGAGAGGCCGCGCCCGCCGUGCAGGUGGUCAGGGACGACCGAGAGCCCCAAGAGGAUGGCACUGUUGCUGCGGGGCGGUGACAGAGUUCGUGCGGCAUGCCACGCCUUGCUAAUUGUUUUGUGCUAUAAGCUUUCUUGCGCGCGGUGAGAUUGUGUGUGGUUUGUACGGAAAUACGGAAUGGACAGCUUGUUGGUGAUCGACAAGAACCGCUAUUUGAAGAGGAAAUAAACCCUG